ACAGAUCCCUAAGCACCGAUUAGGCCUGCCUGUGUGAUUUUUAUUUAGACAUUAACUAGACCUAUUGAAAUGCUGUGCUCAUUUAUUGGCGCAAAAAUGAUUUUGGCAAUCAUAACUUUCCUAAUGAUGUUUAUUACAGGUUCACACACCGUGGACUUCUGUUAUGAUGAGAGUCAUUGUGAUCCAUAUGCAUGGGGAGAUGCGUUCCCAUCCUGCCACCCAAUACUUGGAGAACAUCACUCUCCAAUCAACCUGGAUCAUCAUAUGACCAGAAAUGAGUCACUGGAGGCUUUACAUCUGGCUGGUUUUCAUGCUGUUCAUACAGGACACUGGAAACUGAAAAACAAUGGCCACUCUGUUGUGUUGGAGGUUGGGAAUGGGAUGUCUGUGAGUGGUGGAGGUCUUCCAGGGACGUACCACACCGUCCAGCUCCACUUUCACUGGGGAAGCCUCAACACCAACGGCUCAGAGCACACUGUGGACAGGCACAGGUAUCCAAUGGAGCUGCACAUAGUCAACAUGAAGUCAAGUCAUCCCAAUUUGACAUCUGCCUUGGAUGACCCAACUGGCCUUGCAGUUCUUGCGUUCUUUAUUGAUCUUUAUUACAUUGAAAAUGUACACUUUGGACGCAUAUCACGACUACUUCCCUCCAUUGCCUACAAAGGUCAAACGGCUACAGUCAAGCCAUUCCCAUUGAUCGGCCUUCUGCCUGAGAGCCAUUUGUCCCAGUACUACCGCUACCAUGGUAGCCUCACCACGCCACCUUGUUCUCAAGCCGUUAUAUGGACCAUGUAUGAAGUCCCCACCUAUAUCUCAUGGUCACAGUUUGAACAGUUUGUCACUGGGAUUUUCUCCACAGAGGAGGAUGAAGAAUUUGUAGCACAUCUCCAUGAUAACUUCCGACACAUCCAUCCCACCUUCAGUCGCAGCGUCUACGCCUCCAAAGAUGCCAAGCUGCUUACAGCGACGGCCAAUCACCUCUAUAGCCCAGCACUCUCAAUACUUCUCCUUCAAUUGACUUUAACUGUUGGGCUUAUCUAUGGGCUCUAGCUCUUUGCUCAGGGCUGUUUUGUUGAUGCUAGCUUUACACUCUCUACUUGUGGGACAGCAUCAUAGUCGAGAAACUCUGAAGUUGCCAAUACCAUAGAUUUUUGUGGGGCUUUUUUUUAAUGCAGAGGAUACAUAAAAUACUGUGAAAAAUAAGAGCACUGUUUACUGUGAUUGACCUCUAUCUUUUCAUCAUAUUACUGCCAUUGCGUUCCAUUAGAAAUGGUUUAAUGUUUCAUUACAUGUUUAACAGUGCAACUCAUAACAUUGUGUAGACUAGAUCUAGUACUGGUAACAGUACUAAAAUGUUGUUCAUCAAUGCUACCGUGUAUGCAUCUCUGAUUGUACUGCAUUCAAUCACUACCUAACCUACUAUAUCAAUGUUAAUUAAACAAAUAAUUGAAUUUGAACUCACUGUGUUUACAUUCCCCCUGGUGGCCAUAUGACAUUGCUGUAUAUUCCCUCAGCAACUGCUAUGGGCAGGUAGCAGAGCUAUUAUUUCCCUGCCUGCCUUCCCUCCCUUUAUUUUGUAUGAAUUUGAUCCACUUGAAACUGUCAUCAGAAGAUAUUCCCCACGUCACACCACUACUCUGCAGCUACCAGGGGUGACUCACUCUGAAUGACUGGUGUGACAUGCUUAUACUGGGGGGGUUGUACGAGUGACAUGUGGAGUGAUCAAGUAGUGGCAUUACAACAUCUCACACUUUGUCCAGUUCUGGCGGUUGACCAAAUCCAAUACGAUAAAGAGAAUGGUGAUCCCGGGAAGCCUGACAGCCUGACCUGUGUAUCCAUGCUGACUGUAUUGUUCCCCUACUGCUGGUCACACCAUCCACCUCCUGUCACUGACUUGGGGUGGCAGAGGGCAGACACACAGAGGCCACUCUGUCUCUGUCAGUCCGGAUGGUUGAGUGUGACUAUCAGGACUUGGCUGGGUGAGAAUGA